ACGACAUCUGAGUGGCAAGUUGGCAUCAUGGCAGGACUCGAUCUCUUCCUCGACAUCACCGCCCCGAACGGGCGCACCUUUAAGCAGCCGACGGGCCUCUUCAUCAACAAUGAAUUCCGCCCGUCGUCUAAUGGACAGACGAUUGUCUCGCUUGACCCAGCAACGGAUAAGCCGAUCGCGUCGGUGCACGCCGCCAGCGCCGACGACAUUGACCUCGCAGUCAAGUCGGCCAAGGCCGCAUUGGCGCACCCUUCAUGGAAACUACUGCCCCCAACUGAGCGAGGCCAGCUGAUGGCCAAGUUGGCAGACCUCAUCGAGCAAAACCGUGAAUUAUUUGCGACAAUCGAUGCUUGGGACAACGGCAAAUCAUAUCACGUCGCAUUCGAGGAGGACCUAACAGAAGCCAUCACCACCAUUCGCUAUUACAGCGGCUGGGCUGACAAGACCUUUGGUCAGACCAUUAGCACGACCCCCGAGAAGCUGGCGUAUACGCUCCGCCAGCCCAUCGGCGUCGUGGGACAGAUCAUCCCAUGGAACUACCCUCUCUCCAUGGCCACCUGGAAGCUAGGACCCGCGCUCGCCUGCGGCAACACCGUAGUCCUUAAGGCCGCCGAGCAGACGCCACUGAGCAUCCUCGUCCUCGGCACCUUGAUCAAAGAAGCCGGAUUUCCCCCGGGCGUGGUAAAUCUCGUCAACGGGUACGGCCGCGAAGCCGGCGCCGCAUUGGUUCAGCAUCCGCUCGUCGACAAAGUCGCAUUCACCGGAUCCACCGUGACGGGCAAAGAAAUCAUGAAGAUGGCCGCCGGCACGAUGAAGAACAUCACGCUCGAGACGGGCGGCAAAUCCCCCCUGCUCGUCUUCCCCGAAGCCGAUCUCGACCAGGCCGCCAAAUGGUCCCAUUUCGGCAUCAUGUCCAACCAGGGCCAGAUCUGCUCCGCCACCUCCCGUAUCCUCGUCCAUCAGGACAUCAUGGGGCCCUUCCUUGAAAAGUUCAAACAAGCCCUCGAAACUACCUCUCAAAUCGGCGACCAGUGGAGCGAAUCCACCUACCAGGGUCCCCAGGUCACUCGGGCCCAGUACGACCGCAUCCUCUCCUACAUAGACUCCGCUCGCACCGAGGGCGCAACGGUCCUGACCGGCGGCCACGCCCACACCCCGUCCGACUCCAAGUUCCAGAACGGCUACUUCAUCCAACCCACCGUCUUCACUGACGUCACGGACGACAUGCGCGUCUACCGCGAGGAGAUCUUCGGCCCCGUAGUCGUCAUCGUUCCCUUCGCCUCCGAAGAGGAGGCGAUCCGUCGCGCCAACGACACCUCCUACGGCCUGGGCGCCGCCGUCUUCACCAAGGACUUGGAACGUGCCCACCGUGUCGCCGCCGAGAUCGAGGCCGGUAUGGUCUGGAUUAAUAGCAGUCAGGACUGUGACCCGAGAGUUCCUUUCGGAGGUGUCAAGCAAAGUGGAAUUGGGCGAGAGCUUGGAGAGGCAGGGUUGGAGGCUUAUAGCCAGGUUAAGGCGGUGCAUGUGAACAUGGGGAAUAAACUAUAGAUGUCGAGAUGUAUU